GUGGUUUGCAAAGCAACUCUGGGUGGACCGAAAUAUACUGCCUCUGGCGUCGAAAAAUGAACUGUGCCCUCCUACCGACCGAUGCUAAGGGAAACACUGGAGAACGGCUCGAGUUGCCAGAGUUUUAAAGGCUUUUGAUUAAUUGCACCGGAGUGAAACACUUGUCAGCUUUUUGUGUUCCCCGAUAAAUUAGAGGCUCAGGAGACUUUACGCAGUCAUUCAGGUGAGGACAGUGCGUGUGCGCGGACAUAUAUCCGCACCUUCCGCGCGCACCACCACGACUGGUUAUAUAUAUAAUUUUGCAACGAGAAAGGGACUAUUAUUUUAAACAGGAUUUCUUUGCCGAGCUUUGGAGGUUUCAUGCCUUAACGUGUGUUUUAUAGGACAGCACUUUUAACAAUACAGGUUAAAAAGUGACUUCAAUGGUUGGAAGACAGUCGAUUCGUAUGGAUGGCACUGGUUCUGUGACAGUUAUGGAUGACAGUCCCGUAUCAAGCCCUAACUCGAGCCCCAGUCCUGACACGCUCUCAGCGGACAGCCGGCGCGCAGAGGCCCUGUCCCGCACCAGGGUGGUCCCGUCUAGUGGCCUCUGUGGCAGAGGGAGACCCGCGGCAGCCAACGCAGCGCGCGAAAGGAGUCGCGUCCAGACGCUCAGACAUGCGUUCCUCGAGCUCCAGAGAACACUGCCGUCGGUGCCACCGGACACCAAACUCUCCAAACUCGACGUCUUGAUACUGGCAACCACAUACAUAGCGCAUUUAACAAGAACAUUGCAAGAAGAAGGGAUGGAAGAGGACAACACAAAACAAACUGAAGCUUUGAACUCACUUAAAGGAGAUGGCUACUUACAUCCUGUGAAAAAAUGGCCGAUGCGUUCAAGAUUAUAUGUCGGUGCCUCUGGACAGUUCCUGGGUAACUCAAAUGAAAAUCAAGGGGCAUCUUCAUCAACAUCUCAAACAUAGAUCGUUUGCACAUAAGACUUAUUGAGGUAAUGAAGAAUGAAGGUUAAAGUUAUUGUUUUAGUAAUAUUGUUGUAGUAUGUAAAAUUUAACAUGGUUGUUUUACGCGGCAAAUUAAAUAAAUUCAUUGAAAGAUGAUUAUUGUGCCAUGCAAACAACUGAGUGUCGUGCAUAUUAAUAUAUCCUAAUUAUUUCCAAUAUGUAAAUAAGAUUAAAAUAUUAAACAAUUUGU